GAAAUAUGGUUAAGAAAAUCCUAAAAACUGUCGGAAAUACUACGCUAAAGUUCUGAAUUGGCCGUAUCAGAGGCCUUGAUAUGUAUCCUAAAACAAUCAAUUUUACAUACAAAGGAAAUGAAGAGUUCAAAACGGUCAUUGGAGGGAUAAUUUCUCUGGGUAUUCACAUUAUCAUUAUAAUGUAUACUCUCUCACUAUUCAAUAUCAUGAUGGCAAAUAAAAAUAGCUCGAAAAGUAUUAACACCUCUGUUAAAAAUCUAAGAGAAGAUACAGAAAUUGUGAACCUUGAAAACACCACUUUCCAGUUUGCAUUCACUGCACUGAUUGAUGAUUCUCCGAUUGAUAUAGCAGCAUUUCCACAAUAUUUUACUCCUGAGGUAAAUAUGUACUCAAAAACAAAAAGCCAGACCUUCCCUCAACAGACUACAGUCCCCUUCUCAAAAUGUGGGGAUAACUUCAAGUAUUACAACCAGUCUGCAGUGAAGGAUUUAGGAAUAGAUCAAUAUUAUUGCCCUAACUCAAGAGAUUUCAAAAUUCAAGGCAAUAGUCUGUCUAAUGCAUUUAAUUUAUUUGGCCUCGAUCUUCUUAAAUGAAAUAGCACAACCAGCACUGUUGGAUGUGAAUCUGAUGCGAACAUAAACGACUUUAUUAAGGAAAUCGAAAUUGGGAUCUUUGUGGUUAGCUCAUACUUUGAUUUCGAAGAUUAUGAUAGUCCUAUCAAAACCUAUCUCGACGAUAGGUUUUUCUACAGACUCUUACCUGGCUACACUAAAGAAUAUUAUGUCCGCAUCCAGAAGAACAGUAUCGAAACUCAGGACAAUUAUUUUGCGUACAAGCCAGGAGGGGAUGAAAGCGAGAUUUAUGAAAUACAGGAAAGCUCACUUUUUAAUUUUACAAUAGAGAAUAACCUCUCCGUGGAGGGAGCAACUUCAAAGACUCUUUUAUCCGUACAAUUUGUAAAAGAUCCUUUCGCAAGAUCCUAUGACCGAGGUGUGUAUACUAUCCUUGCAGUAAUCGGAGACAUUGGAGGACUUCUAGGAGUCUUCAUGGUAGCAGGUGGCCUAGUUGUUAACCUAUUCUCAGAGAAACUGUUCUUCUAUUCAUUCUUGAAGAAAGUAAUUCAAGUUGAAGAACCAAUUGACAAGCAAGAAAGAGAACGCGGCUGAAUUAGAGUCAGGGAUGUAGGCAGAGUAAGGAUUUCUGGAAGAUAUUGUUUGGUUAAGUUAUCAAGAUGGCUUUAAAAUCCAUUUA